AUGCGUGGCGCAACGAAUCUUUUCUAUGCCGCUCUCUUUGCCUUCCUAGGCGUCGCCCACGCCCACCAGCCGAGCUCCCGAGAUGACACCUGUGCGCUCGACCCAAGGGCCAUGGUCUCCGACGCGUGUGUCUCGUACGGCACCAUUGACACCACAAACGACCAGAUCUACACCCUCCUCCACUCCAUCACCCAAGACACAGACUUUUUCUCCUACUACCGCCUCAACCUCUUCAAUAAAGAGUGUCCCUUCUGGUCCGACGCGAAUAGCAUGUGUGGCAACAUCGCCUGCUCCGUCAAUACCAUCGAAUCCGAGGAAGACAUCCCGCUCAUCUGGCGCGCGGAGGAACUGAGCAAGCUGGAAGGGCCGAAAGCACACCACCCACCCCGCCAGAUCCAGGCGGAACGACCAAAAGAACGGCCGCUGCAGGGAAUGCUGGGCGAGGAUGUCCGCGAGAGCUGUGUCGUCGAGUACGACGACGAAUGCGACGAGCGCGACUAUUGUGUCCCCGAAGACGAAGGGUCGGCGGGUAAGGGGGACUACGUGAGUUUGGUGGACAACCCGGAGCGAUUCACCGGAUACUCCGGGGAAGGGGCACACCAGGUCUGGGACGCCAUCUACCGGGAGAACUGCUUCAUGAAGGCCGACGAGCUCCAGCAGCAAUCGCUCUUCGUCCCUGGGGUGGGCGGUGCCGUGUCGGAUUUCCGGAAUGUACUCCAGAAGGAGUCGCAGCGACUGGACGGCCUCCCGCUGGACAACGAGUGCCGUGAGAAGCGGGUCUUCCAUCGCCUCAUCAGCGGCAUGCAUGCCUCCAUCUCCACCCAUCUCUGCUGGGACUAUCUCAACCAAACUACCGGGGAAUGGCACCCCAACAUGCAGUGCUACAAAGAGCGCCUGCACGACCAUCCGGAGCGAAUCUCCAACAUGUACUUCAACUACGCGCUCGUGUCGCGCGCCGUCGCCAAGCUGCGCAAGCACCUGCAAAACUACACCUUCUGCACCAGCGAUCCCGCCCAGGAUCUCGAGACCAAAGCCCGGGUGACCAAACUCACCAACGCGUUGGCGGACCGCCCCAAGAUCUUCGAUGAGAAGCUCAUGUUCCAAGCUCCGGACUCGAUCACGCUGAAAGAAGACUUCCGUAACCGCUUCCGCAACGUCAGUCGACUGAUGGACUGUGUCGGCUGCGACAAGUGUCGGCUGUGGGGCAAGGUGCAGGUGAACGGGUACGGCACGGCGCUGAAGGUGCUGUUCGACUACGACGAGACCAAGAACGGGGAGAACCCUCCUCUGCGCCGGACCGAGCUCGUGGCGCUGAUCAAUACCCUCGGCCGGAUCUCGCAUAGUAUUGCCGCUGCUCGCAGUUUCCACCUUGCCCUGGUGGCGGACCAGGACCAGGCUUUCCCGCUGCACGGUGGUGCGCCAUACACGCAUAAUCACAACCACAAGCAGGUCAAGGAGGAGGAGACAAAGGAGGAGAAGCCGAAGCGGCUAUUCCGAGACGGCGGCUCGGUGUUCUAUUAUGAGAAUGACGACGAUUUCUACUACGCUGAAGGGAUAUACGAGGGUAGCCGCCUGCCAUGGGAACGGCCCCCUCGCGACCCGGACGCGACGUUCCUCGAUUCCCUGAGCGCAGAGUACACGAUGUUUCGUGAUACGUUCGUCUAUGUGUUGAGGAGCUGGAUCCGGCUGCCGAACACACUCUUACAUAUCGGCACAUCCGAAGGCUAUCGUCUAUGGAACUACUGGCUUGGCCUGCCGGUUCCUCCGCGCGAGUGGAAGAUCCAGGUUCCCGGGAGACGGGCUGUUCCUGUUCCGGAGGACGAGAGGCAUACCGAUCUAUGA